AUGUCUGCGAUCCAGAAGAACGUUGAAUCAGCCUCCGAAGCAUAUUCCUCCUCGUUUACGCAGGGCCAUCUCGCACUUCCUCCGGCUAAGAAGUAUCUUGUGUUGACUUGUAUGGAUGCUCGAAUCGACCCGGCGCGAGCUUUCGGUAUUGAUCUCGGAGAUGCUCAUGUCAUUCGGAAUGCAGGAGCAUCCGCGCAUGAUGCCUUGCGAAGUAUCGUCAUAUCUGAGCAGCUUCUGGGCACCCAAGAAAUUGUCCUUGUCAAGCACACUGGCUGCGGUAUGCUGACUUUCACCAAUGACGAUGCCUAUGGGUUGAUCGAGAAGAGCCUAGGGCGUGACGCCGUCGCUGAGCUGAAAGCCCGCCAACUGGACUUUCUUCCUUUUCCAGACCUGGAAGAGGCGGUUAAGAAGGACGUGCAGUAUAUCAAAGACAGCAAGCUGGUUCCAGACAACAUAACCAUCAGCGGUUGGAUUUAUCAGGUAGAGACUGGCAAGACCAUUAGGGUUUUCUAA